GGAAAUCAAUAUUCGUAGUAAUAACAUUAAUAAAGACAAAUAUAUUAAGAAACACAUUAAUUGAUAGAAAUCGAAGAAAAUAACUUACUUAGAAAAAUAAAGACGAAAAUUAUAAAGCACUGAAAAAUACUGCCGAAAAUUUGAAAACAAAAAAACAAAUAAAAGAAAUAUAAUUCCUUCCCAGCAUUCUUUUGAGUAAGACGCGCGCGGUUUAGAGAUUCUCCGGAACUCCAAUCCAGAGAAGCAGAAGUAACGGUGGUGGGUUACACAGUUUAGCCAAAUAUAAUGAGUAACGAUAAGUGCUAUAAAUGCAGUAGAACAGGACACUAUGCGCGAGAGUGUCGCAGCACUAUCUCUGGUAUGGGAGGCCGGAGUAAUACCGGCAUGCGAGAUCCGCGAUCUCGAAACAAUACCGGUGAAAAGUGUUACAAGUGCAACCGCUACGGUCACUUUGCAAGAGAGUGCAAAGUGGAGAUCGACCGUUGUUACAAGUGCAACGAACACGGCCAUAUUGCUAAAGAAUGUAAUAAGGAAAUAGAUAGUGAGGGGCCACCGUUUCGUGGCACAGAUGGAACUGGCAACUAUAAGUAUUCUUCGUCAAGAUCAUGUUACAACUGUGGCAAGAGUGGUCACAUCCAGAGGGAGUGCCUGGUGGCCAGCUCAAAACCAUGCUAUCGAUGUGGUGUAGCUGGCCAUAUAGCUCGGGAGUGUUCUGAUGAGCGACGAGAUGACCGCAAGUGCUAUAACUGUGGUAUGACGGGUCACAUCUCCAAGAGCUGUCCAGAAAGUGGCAAGAACUGUUACAAGUGUGGUGAAAGUGAUCACUUGGCCAAGGAGUGUCCUAGUUUAAAUCUAACCCAGUGCUAUACAUGCAGGGCGACAGGCCACUAUGCUAGGGAUUGUAACAACCAGGUGCUCUAAAUAUGCUGUGGAGCCACACACUCCCCCCUCCGAAGUUUUUUUUUUUAAAUAUUUUGUUUUGCGUGCUGCUCUUAGAAACCAACCCAUCCCCCCAAAAG